GCGGGGAGGCCGGGGUGUGGGAAGUGUGGCGGCCCCGCCCCGUCUCUUGGAACUGCCGCGGUCGCCACCGCUGCCGCCGCCGCAGCUGUGGGGGACUGGCGCGGUUACGCAGGCGAAAGGCGCUCUUUCCCUGCUGAAAGUACCCUCAGAAAAGCAACCAUCUCCCCAGCCCACCAUGGCGGACGAAAUUGAUUUCACUACUGGAGAUGCUGGGGCUUCCAGCACUUACCCUAUGCAGUGUUCGGCCCUGCGCAAAAACGGCUUCGUGGUGCUCAAAGGACGGCCAUGCAAAAUAGUGGAGAUGUCAACUUCCAAAACUGGAAAGCACGGUCAUGCCAAGGUUCACCUUGUUGGAAUUGAUAUUUUCACGGGCAAAAAAUAUGAAGAUAUUUGCCCUUCUACUCACAACAUGGAUGUUCCAAAUAUUAAGAGAAAUGAUUAUCAACUGAUAUGCAUACAGGAUGGUUACCUUUCCCUGCUGACAGAAACUGGUGAAGUUCGUGAGGAUCUUAAGCUGCCAGAAGGUGAACUAGGCAAAGAAAUAGAAGGAAAAUACAAUGCAGGUGAAGAUGUGCAGGUGUCUGUCAUGUGUGCAAUGAGUGAAGAAUGUGCUGUAGCCAUAAAGCCCUGCAAAUAAAUGGGAACAUCAGGCAUGAGCAAAAUGUUUAGGUCUGGAUCAACUGCAGAUCCAAAGUUUGGUUCUAAGUUGUCACCAAAGCUAUGGCAUUCAUAAGCAACCUCAUUUAUUUUUUUAAUUGUUUUGAAAUUGUGCUGAGUUAGUUUUGCAGGCAAUUCGUAAUUUAAAAAAAUGAUCAAGAUGUAUAAUUCUUUUUUUUAAAUUUUGUAGGUGUCUUUCCUAUAACUUUCCUGUGGUUUUCAGUAUGUAAGUCUAAGAAACAGACAAGAUAGCUUCAGAAGAUGUGAUUUGUCUGAGCAAAUCGUUCCUAAAUUUUUGUUAAAUGAUAAAUAAACCAGGGUUUUAAAUCAAACAAUGUAGCAUCUAGUGGUAUUGAAGCACCACAUUUAAGUUGAAUUGCUCUGCAUUAAUUUCAAACUUAAUAUCAUAGAAUAAGUAGAUUAUGGAUUGGAAUUGUCAGAGUUUCAGCAUGGGUGUGGCAAGUACAGAUCCUUAAAAAUCAUGUUAUCAAAAAGUGCCAGUUAUCUUAGUAACCAUGUGCAGCCCACCUGUAUUACCUCAGUCAUUCUGUUCUUUGCCAAAUUGCUGGUAGACUUAAUAUAACCUAUAUUAUGGUGAUUUUAGUACUUUCUUGUGGUUGACAGAGGCAUUAAACUGUUUUGUGACUGUUAGCAAGUCAUAUUGUAGGGAAGACUCAAAGGACAGUGGCAAAGGAUGUUGGUUAAAGCUAUAGGUUUUUAUCUGAGGCCUUUGUAUUCAACAUAAAAAUAGGAAGUUUCCAUUUGUGUUUUUGCCUUUAACUCUUGUUUUCUCUCUCUCUUUAUUUAAAGGAGUGACCUGCUUUACAGGAUACUAUGCAGUACUUUUUAUUAAUUAUGUUGAAUAAAUGUUGGUAUUUGUAGUAGUCACUCCUUUUCAGCCAUUUUUAAGUAGACUUUUUUGACAUCAAAAUAUUUGUUAGACAAAACUGGAAAUUCUUACUUUAAAUUGAUUUGGAACAUUUGUUCAGUUUAUGUACGUUUUUUCUAACAUGAAAGUGAAUCAUAGAAGAAAAGUCACUUUGUGUGAUAAUUAUUAUUUAACUUAAGAAGUAUAUGUAUUUUAUCUGAUUGUCAUGUGACUUAAUUCAGUUACUGGUGUGAAAUAUAUCUAGGAAAAAAUUCUAUAAACAAUUAUUUAAAGAAGUAUUUUAGGUGAUUCUGCUACAUUUCUGUUUAGUCUUUUGGAUCACAUAUCUAUAUUUCCAGAAUUCUAGGCAUUGUCACAGGGUUUGUGAGGACCUUUGACUCAAUACCAGUCAUUAUAUUGCAGUGCAACUUAGAACAAAAUCACCAUUUCAGUAAUAACUUCAUUCUCUAAGACUCAUUAUGAGACCUCUCUCAUCAUACUUUGACUUCUGAAAGGCCUUUGUACCUAUCAUCUAGAAGAAAAUAUGUAUGAUGCUGUAACUGGUCUACUCAGUGACUGGAAAUAGCAUUAGGAACAGAAGAUCCCGAAGUUUUAGUUACUUAAUUUGUGCACACUUUUAAAUCUUGUAUUGGCCUCAGCAAACCCAUUUGGAGAAGAAGCAAGAUACUUUAAGGAAAUGCAAGAGGAAUUCUAAAGCACAAGAAAUAUUGAGGUUGUAGUUAAUCAUUUUUAGUAUAACAUUUUAGCUUUUGCCCAUCCAAAGCACAGUUAGUAAUUAGACUAAAUUCUUUCCAGUAUUCCAUUUAAGUGUCUACUACAUACUGCUCUAGUUUUUUAGUACUCUGUAAUAUGUAUCUUACUUGUGACUGGUUGGCAUUGUUACCCACAGGAACUCCAGAAAGUUAUCAAUCUGUGUUACUUGCUGGUCAUUCAUAUGACCCCAGUUAACCACACUAGUGUUCUGGUUUAGUAUUAAUUCUGGAUUGACAUGCCCUUGUUCUUCAUAAUUUGUCAAACUUCACAUAAAUAUAUUUUCAAUUAUGAGGUAAGUGUAUAUAAAUUGUAAUAAUGCAUCUGUACCUUCAUAUCUUGAAUGGCAAAAG